AUUUUUACUUGUGAAGGACAAAGAAGAAAACAGUUUUUGCAAUAGAAGCUUAACAGUAAAACAGACAACAGUGAAGAACAGCUUACAGGAAAGGCUGUCGGUUAGCUCUUGUUCGUCUGAAGUAGAUCUUCAUAGCCUUAAAUUUUUAUCAUUAUAUAGAAACAUAUUUUAAAGCAGAGUUCAAUCACAUAGACAGUAUGUUGUAACAGAUCUAACCACAUAUCUAUCAUCUGAAAGUACAUACCCAUUUAAAACAUUUGAGACAUUGCUUCCUUAGUUCAGAAGGAAAUGCAAUGAACAGAGCUCACUGGGAUUAAGAGGCCACUAAGGCUGUUUAAAGCACUUUUCUAAACUGUAGCUAAUGUGCGCAUACAGCAGCUGAAUUUAAGUUGCCGACACACACAAACACACACAAAGGUAAAGUUAGUUUAAAAGUCGUAUGACUAGUGGUGGUGAGGCAGCUUGGCUUUCCACUUCUGAUUCCCACGUUGUUAGGAGAGCUGUUACAGGUGGGGAGGAUCCCUGGGUAAUAAAAACCUCAGCCAUGCCACGGUGGCAGUGGGAGGGACACGUGGACAACAAUGACACGUGAUGUGGGUGCAUGAGGCUUGGCUGUACUGGCCUUCCAGGAUUCAGACAAUUCUCCUUAGGGUAGCCUGGACUGCCAAGCCUACACUAAGAUUUCUCCCUAGAGGCUGACGGUGCUUGAACAGUGGGCAGCCAGUCUGCAGGGGAAGGAGACCAGCCCAGGCUCAGCCCCCCCACAGUGGAAACGGAAAAGACAGUUUGGUUAUAUGACAUCUUCAGAGCUACAUGUUGGAAUGUUCUUUUCAUUGUCUUCACCCUGGCUCUCCCAGAUCCCAAGCAUAGCUCCUCUGUAGGAUGAGAACUGGAAGCCACAGUGUAGGGAUCCUAGCCAUAAGAAUCACUGGCGUGAAUGUGUGUGUGUGUUAGGAGCAAUUGACCCCUGAGCUCAGGAUACCCGGCUAGAUCCUCUCCCCCACCCUGCCCUAUCCUCCAGAAUACUUGGGGACAGAGUCCUCUUGGCAUUAGGCUACCAGCUCCACACCCCAACCACACCCCAGAGAGCUAGGGUCUGGAGUGGUAUGCACCUAGGUGGAAGAGGGCUACCCACAGUCCCCUUCCAGAAGGCCAGAAGGCCUUGUGACCAGGGAGGGGAUUGUCAGCUCCCUGGAGACCUAACCCCUCCUCCAGUCUCCUACCUGGGGAUAGAGAUAAGGCUCUGGGGUCAAAGGCUAGAAGAGGGAUCGAUCAGGGAGGGUCGGAGCAGGGAAGCUCAAACCUACCCCAAACAUCCUGUGCUUAGGCCUAGAACUCACGACAGGGCCUCAACCUCCUCCAGACCCCAAAGACUGGCCAGGUGUUGGCUAGGACCAAGGUCACAUCUUCUCUUCCUGUUUGUCUGGGUUGGGGCUUUAGCCAUUUCCUGGGGAUUUUCCCCUAAGGGCUGGAGGUGGGGAAGGUGGGGAAUGUGACUCAGCAAGCCCUUUCGCCUUUCAGGUAUCUCCCUUUACAACCCGUGCUGGGCAGAGAGGCCACAGCCCAGAAUACGAGAACACCACCCCCACCCCCACUCAGGCCGCAAGAUUUGGGAUUUGUCUAAGCUGCUUGAGCUGAGAGGCAGCUGAGGAAGGGUGGAGGUAGGCCUAAGAGCUCUCCUGAAAACGUUAAAUAGAACACCCAUGUUUGACUUGGUAACACGUCUGCAGCUCUGCCUGCCCCUGGUCUCCUAGCUUGACCUCCAUAGGCAAGGCAAGGAGGGAGUGAUCUGGGCUCUUCAGGGAGCAGAGAAGGCUCUGCGUGGCAGUUCUGGGUGUGACAGGCAGGAGAGGGGAUGCUCAGGCACCCACCUAAGGAAAGGGACCCACUCUGCUCCAGCCCCAGGAGGCAGCAGCUCCUUGCCCCCUUGGCUUUCGGGGAGGAUCUGCCACUGGAAUGGUUAACCCGGCAGCCAAUCACAGGGCCGUGCAGGAAAUACCUGGGAGAAGUCCUGGUGCUAGGGCAAGUUGAGCCCAGCCCCAGUCUGGUAUCAGGCAGCCCCAGCCGUCUACUACCAGCUCAGACGCCAGCGGUCUUCACACAGCAUCACAGCAAGGAGCACUUUGGGGGCCGGAGGCAUGGGGUUCCCAGCCCGGCUCACACAGGGGCUCCUGUUGGCCAUGCUGCUGGUCACGGCACCAGCGGUCCAGCACAGUAGCCUGCUAAGCCUGCUCAUCUCCGGUCAGGGCGCUCUGGAUCGGCAGCAACUGGACCGCCUGUUAAAUACGCUGGCGGUCCGUGUGCACUGCACCAACGGGCCGUGUGGAAAGUGCCUAUCUGCUGAGGAGGUCUUGACCCUAGGCAAACCUGACAAGCCAGGGCUUGCCCCAGAACCGGUCCUGGAGUCCAGAUACAUUAGCCUCCUUAGUGCUGCCGCUGCCCUCUACCUUAACAACCCAGAAGAAACAUGUAAGGACAUCCAAGAUGGCCUCUUGGCCUCCCACGUGGACCAUUACCUGACCCUACUGGAGAGUCCGGAGGCCAUGACCUUGGGUCUGAGUCAGCUACUGCAGAAGAUUGAGGCCCCUGUUGCCAACCAACCCACCAGGGAGGAGCCCUGUGUAGAUGUUCCCCAACUGCUGGAGGAGGCUGAGGAAGUAGGAGCUUCCAGAAGCCCCGGCCUGGUCCUGACUGCUUUGCUGGACCAUGUCAUUAAUGGGUCCUGCUUCCAAGGCCUGCCUAGCCCUCAGUAUUUUGUGGACUUUGUGUUCCGGCAGCACAAUAGCGAGGCUCCCAAUAUCACACUGGCUGAACUGGAGGCUUUGAUGCAUCAACUUGGGGUGGGUGGAGAGGACCACAGUGACCAUGAUGACCACAGUCAUCUGGACAGGGCAGCGAAUCACCAAGACUCUGAGCCCCUCGCUACCCACAACAGCAGCUCCAGCGUGUGGGACACGAUGUGCCUGAGUGCCAAAGAUGUGAUGGCUGUGUAUGGGCUGUCUGAAGAGACUGGGGUGAGCCCUCAGGCCUGGGCCCAGCUCAGCCCUGCCUUGGUCCAGCAGCAGCUAAGUGGGGCCUGCAGCUCCCAUUCCACCGUCCAAAUUCAGGAUCAGCUCAGCCAAACAGAGAGGUAUCUGUAUGGCUCUCUGGCAACCCUGAUCAUCUGCCUCUGUGCCGUGUUUGGCCUUCUGCUCCUGACUUGUACCAAAUGCAGCACCGCCACGCACUACAUCAUGCAGACCUUCCUAAGCUUGGCUGUGGGCGCACUCACCGGCGACGCCCUUCUGCACCUGACGCCCAAGGUGCUGGGACUGCACACACACAGUGGGGAAGACCACUCCCAUGAGGAGGUGGGCGUUGGUGCGCAGGCCACCUGGCGCCUGCUGGCGGUACUCGGAGGCCUUUACAUCUUCUUCCUGUUUGAGAGCUUCUUCAACCUCCUGUUGCCCAGGGACCAGGAUCGUGAGAAGGAUGGGCCUUUCAGCCACGGUGGACACAGCCAUGGCGUGUCGAUGCAGCUGGCACCCAGCGACCUCCGGCAGUCCAAACAGCCCCACGAGACCUCCCGCUCAGAUCUGGUAACAGAGGAGAGCCCAGAACUCCUGAACCCGGAGUCCCAGAAACUGAAAUCAGAACUGAGGAUGCUGCCCUAUCUGAUCACGCUGGGUGAUGCGGUGCACAACUUCGCUGAUGGGCUUGCUGUGGGCGCAGCCUUUGCAUCCUCGUGGAAGACUGGGCUGGCCACCUCUUUGGCGGUGUUCUGCCAUGAGCUGCCCCACGAACUGGGGGACUUUGCUGCUCUGCUGCACGCUGGACUGACGGUGAAGCAUGCGCUUUUGCUGAACCUGGCCUCGGCGCUCACAGCAUUCAUUGGCCUCUACGUGGCUCUAGCCGUCGGAGUAGGGGAGGAGGGCGAGGCUUGGAUUCUGGCGGUAGCCACGGGCCUCUUCCUUUACGUGGCGCUUUGUGACAUGCUCCCAGCCAUGAUGAACGUGCAGGACCGGCGGCCCUGGCUUCUUUUCCUGCUGCACAAUGUGGGCCUGCUGGGCGGCUGGACCGUCCUGCUGCUUCUGUCAUUGUACGAAGACAACAUCACUUUCUGACAGCUCUAUCCGUUCCCAGUCCUCGUCCCUGUCUCUCGCUUCACCUUUUUGAGUCAUCUAAUUUUUGGAUCCACUGGGUAACCAGAGGAUCGAGGCCUCAUUUCUCUGCUCUGACUUCAAUAAAGACUUCUUGUUCAUGAAA